AUGGGACAAAGAAGUGGACGUCAAGCGAGAAGCAAGAAACUAGAGGUGGCACUAAGCAGGACCAUGGAGGCAGAAGCAGAAAUACAAAAUAAAGAAGAGGAAGCUGAAGAGCUGAAGGCCAAAGACUGGAAGCUAACAUCAGUCUUUGGUGUGGCAGACUUAAAAAAUGGAGCUAUUGGACUGUACAACAUUGGACAGAGCUGCUGUCUGAACUCUGUACUCCAAGUGUUCUUCAUGAAUACACGCUUCACAGGAAUACUUCGAAGGAUCACGGUGCCGUCUCAUGCCGGGCAGCAGAGGAGACACGUCCCGUACCAGAUGCUCCUGCUGCUGGAGGAGAUGCAGUGUGGCAAGCAGAAAGCCGUUUCUCCCGUAGCCCUCGCCUCCUGUCUGUCAAUACAUAGAGUGAAAUUGUUUGUGCAGCAUGAUGCUGCCCAGCUCUUUCUGACUCUCUGGAACUUGAUAAAGAGGCAGAUGAAAAAGCCAGAGCUGGUUGAAGAGCUGAGUGAUUUGUACACUAUCUGUGUACAGGAACACCUGGCUUGUCAGAAAUGCUCUUCUGAAACAAAGAGGAACAGCAACAUGUUAACCCUGCCUCUCCCAGUGUUGGAUUCCAAUUCUCAUGUGCUGAAUACUCUGGAGGAUUGUCUGCAAUGCUUUUUACGUCCCGAAGAGUUGACUGAGCACAACAUGUGUUUCUGUGAGCAGUGUGGAAGGAAAACACCUUUUCUGCAGAGCAUGAAGCUAGUCCACCUGCCACAGACUCUGACCAUACACCUAAAGCGCUUCUGCUUCGAAAAGUCAGCCUACAUUCAUAAGCUUAGUCACUGCCUGCCAUUCCCACAAGACCUUGAUUUCAACGCAGUGCUGACAGAAAAUCAGUGCCAAGCAGGUGACAGUGAGAAGGCUGCCUGGAAAUACGAGAUUUUUGCUGUCGUUGCUCAUUCAGGAUCAGCUAGUUGUGGACACUACUGUGCCUAUAUUCGAAGUCUCACAGAAUGUAAAUGGUAUUGCUUCAAUGAUUCUGAGGUUUGCGAGGUGUCAUGGGAUGAUGUUAAAUGCACCUAUGGACAUUCCAGCCUCCACUGGGGACAAACGGCCUAUCUUUUGAUUUACAUGAAAAAACGUCCUCAGUAG